AAGACUAGAAGGCAGCACACACACACAUACACACACACGCGCGCACACUGAUGCGACCGUUGGAGGAAAGCGAGGAAGAACAAAAAUACGACAUUGGCCACGGAGGACGGCUUCCCGGGAGUACCAUCGUGUCGAGAGAACGCGUUGACGAGUGUUCGCAGAGCGAUGCGUGCAGUAAAUCGGCUGUAGGCGACGCAGCCUGGCUGGUGGUUGCGAUUCGAAACAAGUGAAGUGUCGCAAAGGAAAGGAGGACAGGAAGUCAAGGCGUUACCUGGAGGCUCGUCUCCACCAGUCCACAUUUUAGCGAGCGAGAAAGGCGCCAAGCUAAGGGAAGGAAAGGAGGACGAGCACGGGGAAGACGAGUGCGAGUCGCAUCUGCUCUCGGCAGCUGUUCAGCAGCCUGUUUUCUUUUUCUUUGUUUUUUUCUUUAGGGCUGUGAUAUUUUUUUUUUUAACGUUUGCUUUUUUUGAUGAACAGGUUCAGGUUAUACGUUUAAAUGUGAGAUCAAACUGCUGUAAAAAAGUCAACAAAAAGAUAGAGCGCAAGAAAAAGAACGAAACAAAUAAUAGCAAUUACUCUAUUUUUGUUCCAUUGAUAAUUUCCAAAGUUCCUUUUUUUUUUUCUUCUUCUUCAAUGUUUUUACAACCUUAACGGGCUGUGAGUAGCAGGAGCUUCCAUUCUCCAAUCUUGUCGUCAAAGCCCUUCCUUACCAAGCACGGACUGAUAACCUGGUACCCCUCAAGCACCUACAACUGGCAGCUAUUCUUGUGGAUGUGUAUUUUUUGAGGUGGGAGGGGGGCGCCCUGUGACCACAGCUUAAGCACCACUCGGCCUUCAAGUCACCCCAAGCCUAACGAAACCAAGCCAGCUCCAGCCUGGUCCUGCCCAGUCCAGCCCCGCUCGCAUAUCUCUGGACGGGAUACUCACUUCUGCGUGGACGUGAAGAAUGACUGCUGAGACUCUCAAUUUCGGCCCAGAAUGGCUCCGUGCACUGUCCAGUGGGGGGAGUGUGACGUCCCCCCCUCCUUCCCCCGCCAUGCCAAAGUACAAGCUGGCCGACUACCGCUACGGCCGAGAGGAGAUGUUAGCACUUUAUAUCAAAGACAACAAGGUCCCAGAGGACAUGCAGGAUAAGGAAUUUGCUGCUAUUCUGCAAGAUGAGCCCAUGCAGCCCCUGGCACUGGUGCCUCUCACUGAGGAGGAGCAGAGGAACUUCUCCAUGUCUGUGAAUAGUGUGGCUGUCCUGCGGCUCAUGGGAAAGGGGGCGGGCGGAGCCGCCCCUGCCGGAGCGGUGCGAGGACGAGGCGCCACUCGAGGCAGCAGAGGGCGGGGCCGCGGGGAAGGUGGAUUCUACCAAAGAAGUAUUGAAGAUGCUGAGGUUGGUUUCGGGCGAAGCUCUAGAGAGAUACAUCGUAGCCAGAGCUGGGACGACCGUGGUGAGCGUCGAUUUGAGAAGCCGCUCCGACGGGAGGUGGGCCGCCCAGGCUUUGAGGAGUCCCCCGGUCCCGGAGGCUCUGGAAGGAAGGAGCACGCAAGGGCCGACAGCGAUAACUGGCGUACGCUCCGGGAGGAGCAGGAGGGGGAGGAAUGCGAGCCGGGAAGUAAUUGGAGACUCGCUGGACCCCGCAGGGACGAUGGCGGUCCCCGCUCAGCAGGCUGGCGGGAUCACGGCUGUCCAGGUGAGAGUCGUCGUCGCAAGUUCGACUUUGACUUCGGGGGUCCCGAGAACCAGGGCGGCCGCCGGCGCGCCGGCAGCGACGGGCCGGAGGACGACAGGGACGGCCUGCCCGAGUGGUGCAUGGAUGAGGAGGAUGGAGGAAUGGGAACGUUUGACUCCUCUGGCGCCUUCAUGCCUAUGAAGAAGGCUGGCAAGGAGACAAUCCUGGAGGACGAGUUGGAGUUCAAGGGCAUUGAGGAGGAGGAGGAGGAAGAGGAAGAGGAGAGUCUUCCUGACAUGGAGAGAAAGAAUGGUGACGGAGACAAAGACAAAGAGAGUAAGGAAGCCCCAUCAGCUGCAGUCGAUGGGGAGGCAAAGCCGGUGGCGCCUUCCUCCUCCCCUCCCGCCCACUGUGCCCCUCCAUCCCUGGAGCCCCCGCCCGGCAACAGUGGCCCAACAGCGGACGCCGCUCAGCUGAGCAACAGCCUCCCUUUAAAGGACAGCAGCCCGCCAAGUGAAGAUUUGGUGGCUCUGGCCGUCGGCUCCAAGACCCAGGUGAGCCUAAGCUCCGCCUCCUCCUCCUCAGCGCUGCCUCCACCGCCGCCAUCUUCCGCUGCUCCCCUCCUCCCCUCGUCUGGGGUCGGAGACACCGAGGAUGACGAGGGCAUGAAACAUCUCCAACAGGAGGCGGAGAAGAUGGUGGCGUCGCUGCAGGACACCUCUUUGGAAGAGGAGUGUUUCACGCAAGCUUUGCAGCAACAGCAGCAGCAGGAGAGCAGGAACACGGCGGCCGCUCUGCCUCUGUCGCACGAGGCCGCCAUGAAGUGGUUCUACAAGGACCCGCAGGGGGAGAUUCAGGGUCCGUUCACCACGGUGGAGAUGUGCGAGUGGUUCCAAGCCGGCUACUUCACCAUGACCCUCUUGGUCAAGCGGGGCUGCGACGAGGGCUUCCAGCCCCUGGGCGACGUCAUCAAGAUGUGGGGCCGCGUGCCCUUCGCCCCGGGGCCCUCCCCGCCGCCCCUGCUGGUGAGACAGCCACCACCGACGCAGCGCCCGCAGUCCAGCCGCGGGCCCGCCGCGACUGUGAGUCAGAGCUCAGCCAACAUAGACCAUGGGAAGGGGUGGAUGCAGAAGGGAGGGAAGAUGGGAAACUUGGACCAGGAGCGUCUGAAAAAACAGCAGGAGCUGGCAGCGGCAGCUCUUUAUCAGCAGCUCCAGCAGCAGCAGUUAUUCCAGCUCAUUAACAGGUGCAGUGAGCAGGGUAUGAUGCCUUCGAUGAACAGGUCGAUGUCAGUGCCAGAUACAGGGUCCAUGUGGGACAUGCAUACCUCAGCUUCACAGCCGUCAGGUGGUGAAGCCAGUCUUUGGGACAUAACAAUGAAUCGUUCUACUCAGGGUCCAACUCUGGAACAGCUUCAAAAGCUCCAGCAGGAGAGGCGAGACGCUGAACUCAGGGCGAAACGGGAGGAGGAGGAGCAGCAGCAGCAACGCAAGAGGAGGGAGGAGAAGAGGAGGCAGCAGGAGGAGCAAAAGAGAAGGGAGGAUGAGGAACUCUUCCGACGCAAGCAGCAGCAGGAUCUGAUUUUGAAGUUGCUGCAGCAGACUCCCCAGCAACAGGGGCCGGUCGCAGGCGGCUCCAGCUGGAGCGGGGCUUCUUCCGCCUCGCUCUCCAAAGCGGGGAAGGCCCUCUCUCUGCUGGAGAUGCAGCAGGAGACCGAAAGACUUCUCAAGCAGCAGCAGCAGCAUCAACAGCAGAGAGCCCAGCAGCAGAGGGAGCGGCACGCGGGCAUGUCGAUGGGGAGUUCCUCCAUGGGAAGCCAGUGGGGAGACGGCGUCGGCAUCUGGGGUGGGGCCGGAGGCAUGGAGGGCAAAAGCGGCGGCAUGGGCAUGUGGGAAGAGGCGGUGAAGAACCAAGCCAGCCUGCGCGGCAACGGCAACAAUAACCUGGGCCUAAAGAACAGUCGGAGCAGCCCUUCACUCAGCGAGCAGUACAUGAUGCGUCGCAAGCGCACGGACGAGGAGGAGAAGCUGCUGAAGCUGUUGCAGGGCAUGAAGCCUCAGGACGGCUUCACCACCUGGUGUGAGCAGAUGCUGCACGCCCUCAACACCUCUGCCAGCAACUCCUCGUCUCUGGACGUUGCUACGAUUGUGGCCUACCUGAAGGAGUUGGAGUCUCCCUAUGCAGUGUUGGACUUCAUCCGCUCCUACCUGGGGGACACAGUGGAAGCCAAAGAGUUCGCCAAACAGUUUCUGGAGCGACGUGCCAAACAGAAAGCCAACCAACAGAGACAGCAGCAGCAGCUGUCAAAGGAAGUGGCUGGCCUGAACAUGAACUUCCCGCUGCAGGACACGAUGCGAGGUAUGAACGCUAGCACCCUGCAGUCCAUGUUCCAGGCCAAUCACAUGAGCAAGGCUGGUCUCUAUGACAACCAAGGAGGGAAGAUGAAAAAAAAACAGCCCAUGAUGCUGCACUCUGAUCCCAGCAUCUUAGGCUACUCAUUCCACAAUACGGCUGAGUGUCUGAGCCUGAAUGAGAUGGAGAUGGUGGAGGAUUACUGAUGUGACGCAGCGCAGCAGCAAUAGCUACCUGAGGCCUUCUUGUCUUUUAAUCAGACAAACCUGAUGAUGAAUGUGCACUGCUAGGGGAACCCGGGGGCUGGGGGGAAGGGAGCAGGCCCAAGAGGAGGUACGAGGCGGUCGGGGAGGUGUUGUUGUGGGCGCCACUCCUCUUGUGCUUGUGACACAAAGGGGCUCCCUGCUGCACCAGUUGAGCAGGGGCGACGGGGGGUGGGGUGGGGGGGGCGAGCGUUUCAAAGAAACAUGGGUAUCCUCUGGCACUCAACAUUUUAAGCACCUUAUACUGAACUAAUGCACUUUAUUGAGAUGGGAUUUGAAAAUUUUUUUUUUUCCGUCUGUGUGUGUUUGCGUGCGUGCGUGCUCAGAAUCAGUGUGCAUGCGGUAUGUGUGCAUCACAACUGGAAGUGUUAACACGGGCGGGGGUCUUGGGGUGGGGGGGGGUUGAGCGUUUCAAAGUCGGGGACCUUUAAGUUGAGAGCAAAUCCUUUUUCUCGAAAGACAAACACUGUUGAUAUUUCUGUUUUGCAUUUUUUUACGUUUAUAUAAAAAAAGUAAAGCUAUUGAAAAGUGGAUUAUAAAAACUUGAAGAUUUGCACUUGCCUAAAAAAAAAGAAAAUCCUAAAAAAAAAAAAGGGGUUAGUCGUAGAAGUGGAUAUUUUUGUGAAUGACUGUUGUGUGAAUGGUUCUUGUCUGUAAUACACCAGUGUGCACAAUGUCUUUUUUUUUUUUUUAUAUAAGUUGCUUACCAAUAUGUGUGAGACGAAAGUGGCCAUUCUUGAGUUGUUUUUUUUUUUGUUCAUAUGUUUAUUUUGUGUGUGUUGACUAAGAGAAAGGGCAAAUUGCACAACAAAUCCUUUCUCUUAGCAGCUCUUUCUCACCCCACUUUGGUGACAAACUCUUGUCGUCUUUGAAUGACUUGGGAAUCACAAGUGAUGAAGAUGACAAGCUUGUGUGCGUAUGUGCGAGUUGCGGACGCGAGAGCGAUUGUUCAUUUACUGUUGAAAGAAAUGAGUCGAGACUACAGGUACUCAUUUUCAAUAAUGUGCUUAUUUUUUUGUGUGUGUGUGUAUGAAUGCACAUUUGUGCCUAAGAACUCGGGUGCGUGGCCAUUGAGACAUUAGCUCUUUUUCAGAGUGAGUGUGAUGUGUGUCAGUGCUCAGCACAGUGUAUGUCAAGUGCGUGUGUUCAUAUAUAUAUAUAUAUUUAUAUAUAUAUAUACAUAUGAUGUUUCUAGUUCGAUCUGGGGGUGAUCACGUUGCCUUUUUAGCUCGAACUUGUGAAUGAAACGUUGAGGGGGGGGGAAAGAUGCAGCAUCUUCACGGUGCAUGUAAGGUUAGCAUUGUUACUUGUUCGUUGUUGCAAUUUGAUAAUGACGAGUUUUCUUUUUUUAUGAGAAAUAUAUACAAAUAUAUACAUUAUAUACAAAGUUUAAAAAAAAAAAGUAUUUGGACUAAGAUAAUGAGCACUUGGGGCUGCUAUUUUUGUUGUUUUGUUUUUUUCCUAAGUUGUGAUACAUUUUUUUUUUCCUGUUUCAUUCUCGCCAUGUGAAGUGUAUUUCUUUCUUAAGAAAAUCUUGAAUGUAUUCCAAAAAAAUGACAAGAAACCCGUGCUGAUAUUUUUUUUCCUCAGAAGAUUUCAAAAAUGGAAACAAAAUACAAGGAAGCUUCAAAGAGGAGUGUUUUUUUUGUUGUUUUUUUGUUUUUUGUUUUUUUUAAGUACACAGACAGUGGAGGAGAAAAAAAGAACUGUGGCAAGAUACAGUUGAACACACUGCCUCUACAAUCCUGAUCGUACUAAUGGUGACUAAGAAUCAAAAGAAAGGACUAUUUCUAUUCCAUACUGGAGCUUUGGUUGUUUACAAACCACGUGGAUAUCAGUGGGUGCAUUUCUUUUUCCUCCCUCCCCCUCAUUUUUUUUUUUUUUUACCCCCAUGUAAAAUGGGCAGGGUUCGGAAGGACGCUUCUGCCGUCGCCGAGGAAAAAUGGACAAUAUCUGCCUAACUGGAGCUUUUGGACAUUGCGAUGCACAGUUGGGGAAAUCCAAGGAUUGGCCUCCAUUAUUUUUAUUUUUUUUCUGUGUGCGUGGAAUGGAGUGCAGGGCGACGCCAGUCGGGGAAGGAACUGAAAGGCAAUACGAGUCUUGGGCUCAGUCCUCGCCAGCACUCAACCCUGCCCUAACCGACUCACCUAUGCACUUUUGUUCAAUUCAAGCUGUGAGGUACCAUUUUUGGGGACGGGAGCACAACGGGAGGAUGAUGGCGUCACUGAAAAAAAGAAAUUUCCCAAAAUGAACUGAAAGACUGGAGCCUCCCGUACAUAAACCAUAUUUUUCUAUCAUCUUUCAGAGUAGAUUACAAGACGGCUUGUGAACGGAUGAAGAACUCAUGACGCAACAUUUAUGUAGAAGUGAAUGACUUUUUUUUUUCUAAGAGAAAAAAAGAACUAAAAAAAAAAACUUUAAAAAAAAAAAAAAAAACAUCCAACCCCCUUCCCCUGGAGUUAGAAAACUCCAACAGGACUCUUAGCAAAUGGAUGUUGCCAUGGCUACAGGAUUGAACCAUAUGAGGUCCAAACCUUUGGCACUGCAGUUUGCCUGCGUGCCGCUUCUUGCCGCAUCCGACCCGGCGAACUCGAAAUUGUUUGCGGAUGAACAGAGCCGACGCGAGGACAGCCGAGCCGUCUGCGAGCCAUGACCAUCGUCACCCACCUCGGACGGCCGACUCCGAAGUGGGUCCUAACCUACCAGCAGGACCUGUUUGGAUGGCAAGGACAAAAAAAAGCCCGUUUGGGUUUGAGUGGAUAUGGAGCCUCCACAAAGCCUUGCAGCCGUGCAUUAGGCUGGACUGAAGACUUGUACACACACACACACACACACACACACCUCACACACAUGCACACAAAACACACACACAAGACUUUGACAUAAGUUAACAUUUUGCUCCAUGUCACACAGAUUCUCCACACACACUUCAAUUUGGGGCUUUGUGAAUACUGUACAUAUGUUGGUGUUUUUGAGUUUUCCCCCCUCACAAAUGUUGCUUUAAUUCUCCAGUUCAACAUGCCUUAAAACUGUACAGUCCAAUCCUCGAUGGCUUCACUGACAAAAAGAAUUUCAGUCGAACAAAACUGCGCAACAACUUGCGCUUUUGUGCCGGCCUGUCCGGUUAUCUCAAGAACAGAAAAAGCAAAUUUUCUUGACCAUCGUGUAUGUAUAGAUUUUUGGGCUGGUGGUUGACUGCUCCCCUUUUUUUUUUGUUUUCUGUGAAGAAUAGUAAUGUUUAGAUGCGUGGCUGGUGCAGACUGAAUUCAAGUGCAAAAGUCUGUACUGUUUGGAGCUGAGCUGAAAGGACGGAAGGUAAAUCCAUUUUGUUGCCGCGUGACCAAAUAUCAAUAAGCAACAUGUAAACCUUAAAGCCAAAUUAAACCAGAUCAUUGUUCAAUUUAGAUUAAGGGUAUGGAGGUUUAUAGUUUUACAGAAUUUGUACAUUUAACGCUUUUUGGAUGAUUAUUGUGUAUCGUGUAUUUGAUGUAUGAUCAGAUUUCAUAGAUGCUGCCAUUUCCACUAAUUGCAGAUUUACUUUGAAAUAACAGCAAUGCAGUUUGGCUGUUAGAUUUGUCUCGUACUGGAACAGAUUUGUGUUAGUUUGGACUAAGCUAAAAUGGAUUCAUUAGCCAGUCUAUCAGGUGAACAAAAUUUAUAGUUAAGAUAAAGCACAGCCCAGUGUUUCUGAUCGGUCUUUAAUCGGUGCAGCUAACACCGCCGAUUUUAAAUAUGCAUAUCUGAUCAUCUGGUUGUAUUUGGCAUUUCUAAAUCAAAACACCAACGAUGUUUUAUAAGCCAAUCAGCUCAGCUCCUUUUGUAUUAGACGAUGAACGUUGCAGCGAAAAUCAAGUUAAAAAAAAAAAAAAAUCUUUGCAUUAUGUUCUCUGUGCUCUCACUAGUCUGAAUAAACAAGAUUUUGCCUUUAGACCAGUGA